AUGUAUCCUUUCAACAUAUCUAGAAGGGUUGUGAGCUUUCCCUGUUACGGUAAUGAAGAUAAUGUCCCCCUUUUUUUGACUAGCGAGAAAGCUUGGGUUCCUCUCUUCUAUUCGAUUCUUUCAACUACUGUGCCGACAAAAUCGCCCGCUUAUAUGUCCACAGCAACGUCCAAAGCCACGCCUUCUUUCCGCUUACGCAAUAUUGCAUACAUAUCUAUCUAUCUAUCUAUCUUUCUAUCUCUGUUUUUUCAUAUCUAUAUAUAUAUAUAUAUAUAUAUCUAUAUAUCUAUCUAUCUAUGCCUUUUCAUAUCUGUUUCUUCAUAUCUAUCUAUCUAUCUAUCUAUCUAUCUAUCUAUCUAUGUCUUUUCAUAUCUGUUUCUUCAUAUCUAUCUAUCUAUCUAUCUAUCUAUCUAUCUAUCUAUCUAUCUAUCUAUGUCUUUUUCAUAUCUUUUCUUCAUAUCUAUCUUUCUAUCUAUCUAUCUAUCUAUGUCUUUUCAUAUCUGUUUCUUCAUAUCUAUCUAUCUAUCUAUCUAUCUAUCUAUGUCUUUUCAUAUCUGUUUCUUCAUAUCUAUCUAUCUAUCUAUCUAUCUAUCUAUGUCUUUUCAUAUCUGUUUCUUCAUAUCUAUCUAUCUAUCUAUCUAUCUAUCUAUCUAUCUAUCUAUGUCUUUUCAUAUCUAUCUAUCUUCAUCUAUCUAUCUAUCUAUCUAUCUAUCUAUCUAUGUCUUUUCAUAUCUAUGUUUCUUCAUAUCUAUCUAUCUAUCUAUCUAUCUAUCUAUCUAUCUGAUUGUCUAG